CUUCAAGUUUCGAGUAAAGCUCUCUCUCCUGGUUUUCAGUCUUCAGAGUUUGUAGCUUGUAUUUACAUGCUAUGCCACAUUGGGUCUGGUUGUUUACAUGAUGUAUUACUGUUAUGGUCCAUUGGUUUCCCUUUUAUAAGACUGGUGUAGAAGAAACCAUAAAACAGACACAGUCCGAUAGGAACAUUUCAGACGUCGGACUUUUCUUAACCACCGAUGGAACGCCAACAGCUCACUCUCAGUCCUCAGGCUUUUGUACUGAUCAAUGCUCCUCUCAUCUUCGUCAGCCUCACUGCGAACAUCUUCUACGCUUGUUGUUUGAUCUCCCUGUCGCACGGCCGACAGAAACUCAAGCAGCCGUUGAAGACCAUUCUGGAAUGUAUUGUCAGCUGCUCUAUACUUUAUUGUGUCUUUUUGCCUUUCUUGUACUAUAUGUACAACGACCAAAAAGACUUUACAUGGUUUGCCCUGCCAUGGGUGAUGGUGAUGUACUUCAUGAACAACAGCAUGACGUGCUACGUUCGGCUAAACUUCUACUACUAUGUCCAGAUUGUCCCUGCAAGGCGAGCUCUUUGGAUCUGGGUAAAGAGGAACAUAAAGUCUUUCAUGAUCUGGGCCUUUCUUUUCGACCAGAUGGUUCUUCUGCUCUUCUCCGUUGCGAGUGUGGCAAGUCAAUUUUCCAGGAGCUUUACGUCUUCUAACAGCACAAGGACAGAAUAUAGCUUUGACAUGGACCUCUUAAACUUUUUUAGUUUUUACAUCUUCAUAGCUUACAUCAUGUUGUGUCUGUGUGUCACGAGCGUUUCUAGCUUCUCAACGAUCCUCUACCUCUACAGACACAUGAGAAACGUGGCCCUGAGCGGCAGCAGCUUCAACGCGCCGAGGAAUCAAAGACAUAUGAGAGUGGCCACCACUGGCGCCUGCCAAGGAGCCGUGUACUUCCUCUAUGCCACCUACUACCUCUUAAGCUCAUUGAGUAAUUUCUACUCGCCGAACUUUAGGUUAGGUUACUGGGCCCUUUUCACUGUCUCCUCACUGUUCAUAUCAGGCACCACGGUCAACCUGGGGAUCGGUCAGACUGUGUUCAGGCAAAGGGCAGCCAGAACAUGGACGGCACUCAAAGCACUGUGUAAUGUUGGAGUGGUAACAAGCGAUAGCCAGCUGACAUCGGGUUAAAUAGCUGAUACUCUGAACUGUUGUUGUCCAAAUGUCAUCGUGAUAAUUAGGUGUCUGAUCAGGUUGAGUUGAGGUCCAUUGGUUUGCUUGUUAAGAAAUAGAAUAGAAUAGAUUUAUAAAGAAUAGAUUACUUAAAAAAUGUUAUUACCCUCAAAUGUAUAUGAAUGAAUGCUGACGAC